AUGGGGAAACAACAAGACUGGUCUGUGACUGCUUGUGUUUUCCUAUUCUUGUCCUUGGCAUCAAACAUCCAUGGUACGAGGGAAACGUUUUCACACAAAACAUUUCCACACAUCUAUGGUUCGUCAGGUGUAGGCCAUAUCAAUGCAAUUCGUCGCGUUAGUGUACCUUUGCUCGAAACAACAAAAGGCGGUAUCAACCAACAAAAUAUAAAGGAAAAAGAUCUAAUUAAACAAUUGCCCGGACAACCUCCCGUUAGUUUCAAACAAUAUGGUGGUUAUGUGGCCAUAAACGAAACAAAUGGUCGGUUCUUUUACUAUUAUUUCGUGGAAGCCAUCAAAACCAAUAGUUCUUCUCCUCUUGUCAUUUGGCUCAACGGAGGACCUGGAUGUUCCUCUUUAGUAGGAGCAUACACAGAGCACGGACCCUUUCGCAUACACAGUGACGGCAAAACAUUGUAUCGCAAUUCUUAUUCAUGGAAUAACGAGGCAAACGUGUUAUACUUAGAGUCACCGGCCGAAGUAGGAUUUUCGUACACGAAUACUCCGUCAGAUUUGGAAAACCUAGGAGACAAGAAGACAGCAGAGGAUAACUAUGUGUUCUUGGUGAAGUGGCUUGAGAGGUUUCCAGAAUAUAAAAAAAAAGAUUUUUACAUCGCAGGUGAGAGUUACGCUGGCCAUUAUUGUCUCCAACUUGCCCAAAUGAUCGUACACAAUAGAAACCAGACAUUCAUAAAUUUACGAGGCGUUUUAGUUGGUAAUCCGGCACUCGACGAAAAGGUAGAGAAGAAUGGUCAUUACGAAUAUCUUUUGAAUCAUGCUUUGAUCUCCAAAGAAUAUUUUGACAACUACAAUAAAAUGUGCGUAAAUAUGACCUGGAGUGAUAAGGCAAUAAUCGAUUGCAGUGGUGCCAUAGAUAAUAUCGAUGAUCAAACAAAACACCUGGAUAUGUACAACAUAUACGCUCCCCGUUGUUUAAACUCCACGUUGACAAGUAAACCAAAGAAACACACCACAAUUACGAAGUUUGAUCCAUGCAAUCUUGAAUACAUGACGGCUUAUCUUAACCAAGCAAAGGUUCAAGAAGCAAUGCACGCAAACACAACGAAACUACCGUAUGCGUGGAAGCUUUGCAGCGACUCAUCAGAUAGUUGGAUUGAAAAGGAUAAAUUAGGCUCACUGAUUCCUACCCUAAAAGAGCUAAUUAGUGAAGGUGUUCGAGUUUGGUUGUACAAUGGAGACUUAGAUGCAACUGUUCCACAUACAUCUACAAUGGACGUGUUACAGAGUAUGAAUCUAACGGUUGAUAAGAUAUGGCGUACGUGGUUUAGCGAAGGAGAAGUGGGAGGAUACACAGAGAAAUACAAAGAGAAAAUUACGUAUGCAACUGUGAGAGGAGCUGGUCAUAUGGUGCCUACCGACCAACCUAUACGUGCUUUUACUCUCUUUACUAGCUUUAUACGUAACAAUCCUCUACCUGAUACCAUCUAA